ACUUAACCAUCUGUGUAUGUGAACCAUCUUUCUAGGCAACAGCACAUGGGACCAGGAGCCACCUGCGACCCCUACCAGCCCCAGAUCCGUCACCACGGGGAAGGCUGGUACACCAAGUCGGAAGAGAAGAUGGGUGGAUAGAGGGGCCGCUAAGAAGAAGGCAACACCUGCGAACAGUGAGAGUGGGCUGGAUGAAGAAUGUGAGGGUGUGAUUCGCGAGGUGACAAUGGCACAAAGAUUCUGCAUUCAUUUUCACCACAUCAUGGCUCGUUGUGCAGCAUGUGCUAGGAAUGGUACAUGGAUGACGACAGAGGAGGUCGCAGAGGAGCUUGGUAUGGCCGCCGAUCAUUGGGCAAGUGAUCACACGCGGUGCAAUCGAGGCCAAGAGGUCCCUAGAUGUGUUACUGAUGGAUGGGGGCGUGAGAACGCUCUUUAUGAGAAAGGGUCUCGAACGCAUGCUUUCAAAGAAUGGCUGGCUGAAAAUUGUGGGCCAGAACAGAUGCGCCCAUACGUUAGCGGAGCCAGCAGCUGGAUGAAUGAAUCAUUCCACUCCCUGAUAUGCAAGUACGCACCAAAAAGAAUACGCUUUCAUGGUAGCAUGAGGGCUCGCGUGGGGCUAACUGUUAUGCACUGGAAUAACUUGCUCGACCGGGAGGUGUUGACCAUCCGAACCAGAAUCCGGCGGGCUACUCGUGUGCGGCGUGGGAAAAAGGAUCGCGUCCUUGGUCCAAUGAGGUGGCAAUGGGUUGAUGAGAUCAUGCGGGACUGGAGCUGCCUGGAUGGGGACGAGGUGGAGGAGGGGCCUAGGGAUGUGCCGGUGGUUGCAGCCCCAGAGACUCCUCAAAAGACUUUGGCUGGAUCUGGUACCCGCCCUCGGUCAUCAUGUGAUGUCAUCAACACAUCCGGCUCAGCCCCACCCUCCAAGCAGCAACGGACUGACGGGCGGGUGCGCCGCUCGGUGCUAGCCAGGUACCUUGGGCAACUUGGAGGUUGCUGGUUGGCUCAGUCGCUAACCCUGUCUUUCAUCCAAUGCUGCCAAGCAACGACCAUCCUCUCAUUCUAUGCCUAACCAUACCAAGCAUGUGCGUUG